AUGCGUUGGUCUUCUGCUGCCAUUGCGCUCGCCAGCGCCAAAUCCUUCGUCGUGGCCCUGGAUCCCAUUUCCGCCGUUGGAAACAAGUUCUUCAACAAGGACGGCUCGCAGUUCUUCAUCAAGGGCAUUGCGUACCAGCUCAGGCCCCAGGAUCCUCUCGUUGACACUGACCAGUGCGAGCGCGAUGCCAAGCUCAUGACCGAGCUCGGAACAAACACCAUUCGCGUGUACCACGUCGACCCCUCGGCGGACCAUGAUGGCUGCAUGAAGGCGUUUGACGACGCCGGCAUUUACGUCCUUGCUGACCUGGAUACCUUUGAUACUUACAUUAUUCCCGAGAAUAACUACUGGAAUAAGACAAAGUUCGAAAGAUAUGCCGAGGUCCUGGAUGCCUUCCAGCAGUAUGACAACCUGUUGGGUGUUUUCGUUGGAAAUGAGAACAUUGCUACUAAAGAUGAUUCUCCCACGGCCCCCUACCUCAAGGCUGCUGCCCGCGACAUGAAAUCGUACCGUGAUGCCCAGGGCUACCGUGACAUCCCCAUUGGAUACUCCGCUGCCGACAUCCUGCAGCUUCGUCCCAUGCUCCAAGACUACCUCACCUGCGGUGGCAACUCGUCCGAGACUGUCGACUUCUUCUCUCUCAACUCGUACUCGUGGUGCGACCCCAGCACAUACACCGAGUCUACCUACGACCAGCUGGAGGCCUACGCCAAGAACUUCCCUGUCCCCAUCUUCCUUUCCGAGACUGGAUGCAUCGUCCCCGGCCCUCGCGCAUGGGAUGACCAAGACGCCAUCUUUGGCCCCCAGAUGGUUAAUGACUGGAGCGGUGCCAUCAUCUACGAGUGGAUCCAGGAGGAGAACAGCUACGGAAUCAUCACCUACGCCCCUGCUGGUCAACCUGCUGGUCCUGAUGUCGAGGGUGGAUUCCUGCGCAAGGGAACUCCUACGCCUAAGCAGCCCGACUUCAGCGCUCUCAAGUCCAAGUGGGCGACCAACACCCCCGCCGGCGUCCACAAGUCUGACUACAACCCGAGCAAGGUGUCUACCCGCGCUUGCCCUACGUCUACUGCUGACGGCUGGUGGCAGAUUGACGGCGAUGUCGACCUGCCCACCUUGGGCCAGAUUCUUGCUGUCAACACCAGAACCCACUCGGCAGAGGUGGCCACGGAGACAGAGACGGCAGCGACAGAGACUGUUGUUUCUGUGACUGCUAGCGAUGGCGCCGUCGUCGAGACUACCAUGGCUAUCACGGCUCCUCCUUCGACUGCAACCGGCGGGUCUUCAUCUUCUCCCACUACCUCCGGCCCUGCAAGCUCAUCGACAACCUCCGGCGGUAGCGCAGACAAGCGCGCCGCUCCAUUCGGUGCCGGUGUCGUUGGUGCUCUCGCCAUUGCAAUCCUCUUGUAA